AUGCUAAACAAAGAAAACCUGUCCUUUGCAUUUCUCCAAAGGAUCAUACACCAUCGUAGCAUACCAAAUGUUUAUUCUUCUGCAAUUCCAAUCCCUAUAAAACUCGUUCAUUUCUCUCUGUUCCUCUUCGUUCUUACUCAAAUCUCACUCUUGAAACCCUAAAGUUUCUUCGCUCUAAGCUCUGAAGAUCAUGGCACAUUUGGCUGUCAGUCAGGUCUCUGUUACCGUUCCGGUCGGAAAUGAUGCAUCAUUUAGGAGAUCGGGAUUUAAGAGAUACAAUUUAAAGUUUCAGGAUAGAUCAGGGGUGCCAGUUUUAUCUUGGGAUCUAAAAACCAAGAACCCACGAUCAAGAAACCAGUGUGUAGUGUGCAUGUCGGUGCCACAAGUCAGCACAACUAAGGUUGCAGUUUCAUCUUUAGAACUUGAGGAUGCUAAGGAACCUCCUCUCCAUAUUCACAAGCCAAAGGAACCUUACACAGCAACCAUUGUUUCUGUUGAGAGGAUUGUAGGCGCAAAAGCUCCUGGUGAGACUUGCCACAUUGUAAUCAACCAUGGCGGCAAUGUUCCCUACUGGGAAGGACAAAGUUAUGGUGUAAUUCCUCCAGGUGAAAAUCCGAAGAAACCAGGGGCUCCUCAUAAUGUCCGUCUCUACUCGAUAGCAUCCACAAGAUAUGGAGAUUCUUUCGAUGGCAAGACAGCCAGUUUAUGUGUCCGACGCGCUGUUUAUUAUGAUCCUGAAACUGGAAAGGAGGAUCCUUCAAAGAAUGGUAUCUGCAGCAAUUUUCUAUGCGACUCCAAGCCAGGAGAUAAAGUGAAGAUCACAGGCCCGUCUGGCAAGGUUAUGCUUUUGCCUGAGGAUGACCCAAAUGCCACCCACAUAAUGAUUGCUACUGGUACUGGAGUGGCUCCGUAUAGAGGCUACCUCCGCCGAAUGUUUAUGGAGUCGGUGCCAACUUUCAAGUUUGGUGGCCUUGCAUGGCUCUUCCUCGGGGUGGCCAACUCUGAUAGCCUUCUCUAUGACGAUGAAUUUACCAAGUACCAUCGUGACUACCCAGACCAUUUCCGUUAUGACAAGGCCCUUAGCAGAGAACAGAAGAACAAGAGUGGGGGCAAGAUGUAUGUUCAGGACAAGAUCGAAGAGUACAGCGAUGAGAUAUUCAAGCUGUUGGAUGGAGGUGCACACAUAUACUUCUGUGGAUUGAAGGGGAUGAUGCCUGGGAUCCAAGAUACCCUGAAGAGGGUCGCAGAGCAGAGAGGGGAGAACUGGGAUGAAAAGCUCUCACAACUAAAAAAGAAAAAGCAAUGGCAUGUUGAGGUCUAUUAAUAUAAAUGGGCAAGAUUUGGGUCUGGCCUACAUUCGGAAGGCAUCCCAUUAUGUUCUUGGAAUUAGUCAUUCUGUUAACAUUCCUUUUAUUAUAUCGGGCUUCAUUGAAUAGCUCUUGUAUGGGAGCUUCAGUUGAUCCUGUUCGUCUAUACUCUAAUAUUUGACUAGUCCAUUAGUAAUAAUAGUCAGCAGCUUUUC